AAAAGGUCUCCGUCUCUCUCUCUCUCUCGACGCACACGCGGCUCUGUGUACUUCAUCUGCCUCACCGCAGCUCCUCCUGGCUGCCAGCGACCGCCGCACGCGCACCGGGCAGGAGCGGACUGGACAGAUAAAGUGGAGACGGGCAGCUGUCUGUGGUCGCCAUGGAGGGACUGUACUUCGACGUGAAGCCGAGAAAACAUGCUGCACCAAAGCCGAGGAGCUCGGAGAACCCCGGUGCCCACCUAACUUCCAACCACCGCUCGUGUCCGUCGCUGUCAGGUCUCUCCUCACCCGCCCAGGCGUUGGCUCGGGAGAGGACUGCAUCCUGGGUGAGACAGGUGGAGGAGGAGGUGGAAGAAGAAAUCCGCUACAAACUGACAAUGAUUGGUUACCUGCCAGUUCAUCAUCUUACCACCAUGACCAUGUUGCCCUGGGUGGUGGCUGAAAUCGGCAGGAAGCAGACGGCGGCUCGUCCCGGCGCCCGGUCGGGAGGCCUCAGCCGUGGAAGCCUGGACGCUGUAACGCACUGUCACACGGUCUUCCUUCACGUGUCGGCGUCGUGGGUGAGAUGUAUGUCUGUUCUGGGGGACGGAGUCGUGUGGGACCCUCUGACACACACGGUGCUGUUCGAGUGUCGUCCUCAUCAAGUGACCAAGCUGAUGCACAACAGCCAGGAGCCCAGCAGCUUCGCCUGCUUGGUGAGGGAGACGUCCAGCUGUGCCUGCUAUGUCUUCCAGUGCCAGGACAGCAGCAAGGUCCCUGAGAUCAUCAGUACGUUGAGACAAGCUGGCAAAAGCUCUGCACGCAGCAAUGACAUCAACGCUGCCACCAGCAAGACUCGCUCCGGCUCCGGGAGCAGCGAUGCCUCUGAAACAUGUUCUUCGUCUCUCUCUGCCACGUCGUCCUCCUCUGCACCCGCCCCUGCUGUGUCCCCGACAGUAUUUGCCAAAAAGUUCGAGGUGUUGUUCUGUGGCCGUGUGAGCGUGGCUCACAAGAAAGCUCCGCCAGCCUUGAUUGACGAGUGCAUCGAGAAGUUUAGCCAGCUUCAUGGCUCAGGGACAGCUGAUAAAGAAGGAAGCGGGGAGGGACUGGUCGGUGGGCUGAAGAGGGCACUGGCCUUCCAGUCAAAUGGGCUUAGAAAUGGUUCCGUUGGUAAUGGUGCAGCGGGGAGCCCCACCACCGGGGCGCGUCCUGUUCUGUUCAAACGAGACCCCAGCUUUCCCUGCCUCCAGGCUCUGGAUGAAAACGGUCUGUCACCGGAGAUUUCUAACUCCAACACCGAUGAUCCAGUCGCCCGCUCCGCUCAAGUGCAGCCCACCAGUCUGCGGGAGAACAGAACCAUGCUGUUUACGGUGGGCAGGUCUCAGAUCUACUUAGUGAGUCCAGACACUAAAAAAGUGGCCAUUGAGAAGAGUUUCAGGGAAAUCUCCUUCUGCUCACAGGGAAUUCGUCACGUGGAUCAUUUCGGCUUCAUUUGCAGGGAGACGGUGGAAGGGGGCAACUGCCACUUUGUGUGCUAUGUCUUCCAGUGUACCGAUGAAUCACUGGUGGACGAAAUUAUGUUGACCCUCAAGCAGGCGUUUUCUGUGGCAGCCCUGCAGCAGAACGCAAAGACCCAGAGUGAGCAGUGUGACAGCUGCCCAAUGCAACACCUGCACAGACUGUGUGAGAGGAUAGAAGGUCUGCACCCAUCCAAAACCAAGCUGGAGCUGCAGAGACACAUGGCCACCCUUGACAAUGAGGACCAGGCGUCAGUGUUUGAAAAUGCUAUGAGGGCUCGUCCAAAGAGCGAUCAGGAAGAGAAUGAGUUGGUAAUGGCCUCUUUGAGGAAUCUGUACGAGGAGCAACAGAAGCGCCAUCAGCACACUGUGCCUGGAAACAACAAGCAGGUGGGCGACAUUGCAGCUCUUGCACCUGUGGAGACGCAGCAGCAGAGUAGCAGUCGACAGCGACUGGAGCAGUUCAAGAGCCGAGCCAAGAGAUCUCUCACAGAGUCCCUCGAGGGGAUCUGGAAGGGAAGCAGCAAAGCAAGGUCACAAAGGGAAAACAGUGAGGGGAGUGAGAGCAGCUCCUCUGUUUGUGUUGUCAACAGCAGCCAGGACCAGACAUUUCUGGAUGGCUCCUUACCUGCUUCCUCUCAUCUACGACCCACCAGCCCUCUCCGGUGCCACAACUCGACAGGAGACCUGAAGCGCAUCGACAACUCCCUGCGUCUGUCGCCCUCCUCCACCUCUUUGCCCGGCGAUGCCAAGUCACAGGGCUUUCGCCGACGGGCCAGCACCUUCAGCCAUUCUCCCACCCCCUCUUCAGGGUUUGAAUACUCACCUUUGCACCUAACGGUUCAGACACCGCAGGAGCCGACCGCAGCGACUAAACCCAAGCUCGUACGACACUACUCUGUCAGCACAGACACGCCGCACCAGAGCAAACAUGUCCCAAACGACUCUUCCCUUCCUCCUCCUCAUCCCUGCCCUUCAUCCCACUCUCUCCUCCAUCUUCCUUCCUCACCUUCUGCCGGAGCCCGGUUCAAUAAGAGAAGUCCUCUGGGUGGUCUGCGCGCUCGCCUCCACUCCUCAUCCUCUGUCCCUAACUUUCUGAAAUUUCAAUUUCUGGCCCCUGUCCAAGAAAAUGACUGGGCUGAGCCAAAGUACAGCGACGUAGCGGCUCUGUCCACGCCAGCUGCGGCCUGUGGGCUCGAAGAGAGCCCUUUGCGCAGCCACCGACAUUCAUGGAGGCAGCAAAUCUUCCUCCGGGUCGCCACGCCUCAAAAAGGCUCAGAUACCAAUGAGCUCGGGGAUGCUUGUCUCGACGGGGGUCUCAUGACUGUCGGCCAGGUGGUGGGUGGAGGAGGCGUGGAUUCAUCGAUGAGAGCUGUCCCCGAAGAGAGGAAGAAGAGGAGCAAGGAGGAGCUGCGAGAGCUAUGGAGGAAAGCAAUCAUACAGCAAAUCCUUCUGCAAAGAAUGGAGAGGGAGAACCAAAAGCUACAAGACUCGGCGAGUAAUCUGCAGAACAAGCGUCUCAAGUUGGACUAUGAGGAAAUCACUCCGUGUCUGAAGGAGGUCACUCUGGUGUGGGAGAAAAUGCUGGGAACUCAUGGCAGGGCAAAGGUCAAGUUUGACUCUGAGACCAUCCAUGCUGCAGUUGCACAAGGUGUCCCGAGGCAGCAUCGAGGUGAGAUCUGGAAGUUUCUCUCUGAACAGUACCUGCUUCGACAGACCGUCCCUUCACGUCCUCCCUCCAACCACGCGCCGUACAAAGAACUACUGAAACAGCUCACCUCGCAGCAACACGCCAUCCUCAUCGACCUCGGUCGCACUUUUCCCACUCAUCCGUAUUUCCAGGCCCAGCUGGGGGCUGGGCAGCUGUCUCUGUUUAAUAUACUGAAGGCCUACUCCCUGCUUGACCCUGAGGUGGGGUACUGCCAGGGCCUGUCCUUCAUUGCUGGAGUGCUGCUUUUACACAUGGGGGAAGAAGACGCCUUCAACAUGCUCAAGUUUCUAAUGUAUGACGUCGGGCUCCGUAAACAGUACAGGCCUGACAUGAUCAUCCUGCAGAUUCAGAUGUACCAGCUGUCACGGCUGCUCCACGACUACCACAGAGAUCUCUACAGCCACCUGGAGCGGCAGGAGAUUGGGCCCAGCUUGUACGCCACCCCAUGGUUCCUCACUGCCUUCGCCUCACACUUCCCUCUGGGCUUUGUGGCCAGAGUCUUUGAUAUGUUGUUCCUACAAGGGUCAGAGGUCAUCUUCAAGGUUGCCUUGAGCUUGCUGGGGAGCCACAAGCCACUGAUCCUGCAGCACGAAAGCCUGGAGUCCAUCGUGGACUUCAUCAAGACCACGCUGCCCAACCUCGGCCUGGUGCAGAUGGAGAAAACCAUUAACCAGGUAUGUGAGAUGGAUGUGUCCAAACAGCUGCAGGCCUACGAGGUGGAGUACCACGUGCUGCAGGACGAGUUACUGGAAACGCCUCCGACCCUCAACCAGCAUCAGAGAGCUGCACAGCUGGAAAGAACCAAUCAGAGCCUGCGCCAGCAGAACCUGGAUUUGCUCGAGGAGCUGCAGGUGUCCCACGCUCGGGUCUGCAGCUUGGAGGGUCAAGUGGAGGCCUUGACCCAGUCGGAGGGCCGGCUGAAGGAGCAGGUCUCCUCUCUGGAGGAGGAGAAGAGGCUGCUGGCGAGCACGAUCCUGCACCUCCAGGGCCUCCUGACCAGGCUUGGCAUCCACAGCGCCCCCGAUGGAGACACAGCAGCGCCGCAGCUGGAGGCCAAAGAGGCGCUGGAUGACAGGACUGUGGACUCUCCGCCGCAGCCGCUGCUUCUCCCAAAGAGCUUGUAGCCGCGUCUUAUAAUUUCCCAAAUGGUCAGGUUGUGCGCAGGAGGAGCCGGUUGAGAAAGGCACCGGAGGUGAUGGUCAUUAAAAUGACUCCCCGCCUUGACUCUUCCUCCUCCUGGAUCGCAGAAACAGGAGAGACAAAUAUGAGUGGAUGUAAAGCAGACGUGAAGAGAAGAAAGAAUUAUAACCAAAAAUUGGAAUGGGUAGCUAAAGGCAGGAAAAUAAAAUAAAGCACUUUCUCCCCCUCACUUUCACAGCUAGAUUUGGGCUUCUGUCUCUUAAACAUUGAAAGAACCUGACAGUUUGGAUAUGAAGGCUUAAAUGGGCCGAGCGUUCUUCUCAUGAAUGCACAACAAGCUCCCGGAACAAACACUCCACUCACCAUUAUUCUGAGUCACGGUAUUGAUUUCUGUUACACAUCACAAAUAGAUAACAAACCCAGAGAGAAAGAUUAGGGACGUGGAAGCAAGAUGAAGGGACGAGUGAAGAAAGAAACUUCACUGCAAAGUGUUUUUCCUUGAUUUCUGAUUGUUUUUCCCGCACAGGAGUCAGAUGUAUUGUUAGCUGAACGACCUUAGGUCCUGGACGAUGGUGCUCAUAUUCAGAGGUCAGAGAACUAUUUUUGAUUCUUCCUCCACAUUUCCAGUCUUCCGCGGUUGAGUUUCCAGACCUCUUGCGUUUUAAAAUUCAUUUAGUUAAGGUAGCUUACAGGAAGAGCAGCACAAUAAAUCCAGUCCAUUUCACAUCCUGUUUUUCCACCUUUGUCGAUUCAUCUGUAUGGGUGGGAGUGCCAGGAGUGAUAGCGAUCCCUUCUCUGACUUUGGAGGGGUCAACUUCUUCGAAUCACUCCCGAACACACUUUGGUCUGAAGCUUCAAAGAGAAAGCGUCUGCUCUUGAGACAAUCUGUCAGCUAUAAACCAUUUACUGUAUUCAACACACUGAAUUCCUUGGAGCCGAGCCGCAGCUCGGCGUGUUUGUAUGUGAACCUUUGAAUGUUGCUGCGUGUCUCUGUUCUCGUGCACUUUUGACUGCAGCAAAUCUGUUGAUUCGCACUGUAAAGAUUUUUUUUUUUUUGGCUUUUUCUCCCGACUCUCUUUGCACGUUUUCUGUGUUGUUGAUUAUUUACUAUCAUGGUUAUUCUGUACUUCAAAAUAUAUUUCAUAUUCUUACAGCA